UUUUCAGUUGAUAUAUAAACAGUCUGAUAAUAUUGCUAUAUGGCAUGAACUGAAGGCAUUUACCUGAGGCAUCCAAGUGGGCCCCAUGAUGGAGUUGGCUGAUGAAUACAAAGGUGAAGAUGAGGAAGCUGGUGCCUCUCCUGGUCCUGUGGAGAGAUUGCCAACUGAGAUUUUAGAAUAUAUACUUUCCCUUUUACCACCUUACAUUGAUCUCCAAGUUUGUAAGAAAGUUUGCCAUCGAUGGAGGGACUGUGCACUUGGUGUUGAGUCAACCAGAAAGAAGGAGUUUCCUGAUGCUCUGACUGAAGGAAGAGUACAGUGGACUCACUCUGAUUCCUGUGUUCAGCUCCAAGCAAUAUCUAAAAGAUAUGGGCAUGCAGCUUGUGUUUCUGGUGGAUACCUAUAUGUCUUUGGGGGACUAACAGUGGCCAACACCUCCUUCAAUGAUUUGUGGUGUUUGAACUUGAAUAGCCGCCAGUGGACAAGAUUGAUUGUAACAGGAUCGUAUCCUUCUCCAAAGGGUCUCACCACUUUCCUACCAUUUAAAGAUACCAUUGUUCUUUUUGGAGGAUUCACUGAUGUAAGGAUACCAAUGAGGAUGUUCACAGAACUUCACUUCUACCAUGUCAAGAAUAAUCAUUGGAUCACAAGUGGUCUGGGAUCUGGCACUGGUGCUCAACGCUUUCCUCCUGCCAUGGCUGGUCAUUCAGCAACAAUACAUGGAAACCUUAUGAUUGUCUUUGGUGGCUGCCACCUUCACCCUGCUCAUCCUCUGCAGUUCAUAUCAAAUGAUGUAUAUUCACUGGAUCUUGGGUGCCUUACUUGGUAUCGACCUAGUGUGGGACAAGCAAAGCCAUCACCCCGAUACUUGCAGACUCAAGUGAAGCUAGAUGACCAUCAUUUGCUUGUCAUAGGUGGGCUGUACUACAAGGUGGAAAUAUGGUAUGAUGUUCCAUUCCGCACUUAUUCAGACGUUUGGAUGUUGUAUGUGGAUCCAGAAUCCCCUGAUGGACCAUGGGUAUGGAAAGAAAUGACAGUUAUUGAUAAACAGAUUGUGAAUCAAAAGGCCAUUAACCCUUUCACCUCUGAGUUAUAUUCAGGACCACAGCUGAAAGCGAUGAUGGAAAAUGAAUAUAUUCAGGAGCCACAGUGA